GUUUAAACAGGGCUGGUUGGAAUUUGACUUCUUCUCUUCGGAAUUCUUCUCCCAAACUUAUUCUUCCUUGAUCCGCAUUCCUAGGUAUUGUAGUCAUUGAUUCCCCAAGGCAGUCUCACAACCCAGGAUGGUUACUUUCAUGUGAAUAGAUCAAGGCUGAACAGAGCAGGGAUUCAGGAGCCAGGUAAUAGCGAGCACGAACAGGAACUGCAGCCAAUCCAUGCAAAUGAAGAUCGUCGGUCGGAAAACCCCGACCGGGCCUCCCACUGUCCAGUGCUCUAUCCCUGGCUACUCGAGAUCUCUGCCUGCCUUCAACAUUGCGAUUUGCCACCUCCCACGGGAGAUUCUGUCUUUGGUGUCAUGUCAGCAAAUAACAAUCCGACAAGAAGGUGGCUUGAUUCCCCUUGCAGGAUCAAUGACGGGUGCAUUGUCCGGGACCAAGUCACUGCAAGAGAUGCAGAUUCCUCGCAUCAGUCGUCGUGUUGUUCUCCAAGACAACCCAAAAAAGGUCAAGGAAGGAAUUCCUUCCUUGUUCAGUGCACUGCAAAUGGCGAGCCGACUCUACCGUCCAAUCCAGCAGCCUAGCCAAGUCGGUAGUUAGCAAUGCCCAACAGGGAAGAUUGGAGAGGGGGUGUGGGUAUGAAAAAAAGAAUAAUCAUUUGACCAGAUCGAGAGAGCAUCCACCGUUCCCCAGCUAUUUGUCAUAUUCCUCGACCAUUCCCGUCCAUUUCCCGUCCAUUCCAUUCCUUCCAUUCCCUUGGUUGGCUCAAGGCUCGUGGGAAGAUCCAUUCUCGCGUGGGAAAAAGAGGCGACGCCGAGCCGCCCCGUCGAGAAACCGGUUCGGAGUCUAGCGGUCUUCCUGUUCUUACUUGGUUCUCAAAGUGGUUCUUCCAGUCUCUUACUCUCCGCACGGGCCCAGGGGUGAUGGAUGAUGGAUUGGUUCAGGGUGUUCAUCCGCGAGUACCUGCAUGGUGAGAUUCGGAGGACCGACUGGGAUGUGAG